CAUGAAGAAGCCCGACGGGAAGGUGGUGCUGCUGGGGGACAUGAACGUGGGCAAGACCUCCCUGCUGCACCGCUACAUGGAGCGGCGCUUCCAGGACACGGUCAGCACCGUCGGCGGCGCCUUCUACCUCAAGCAGUGGGGGCCCUACAACAUCUCCAUCUGGGACACGGCAGGACGGGAGCAGUUCCAUGGUCUCGGCUCAAUGUACUGCCGCGGAGCAGCUGCUGUGAUCCUCACGUACGACGUAAACAGCCUCCAGAGCCUGACGGAGCUGGAAGACAGAUUCCUGGCACUGACGGACACUGCAAGUGCUGACUGCAUUUUUGCUAUUGUGGGCAAUAAAGUUGACCUCACCGAUGACUGUGCUUCAUCACCCGAAAYGGAGGAGGAAAACAGACCUGAAAAGUCCCUUGCCAGCUGUGGCUCGACCAAGGUGCGAAAGCAAGUCCAUGCAGAGGAUGCGAUUGCGCUCUAUAAAAAGAUACUGAAAUAUAAGAUGCUGGAUGAGAAGGAUGUUCCAGCAGCUGAGAAAAUGUGCUUUGAGACCAGUGCAAAAACAGGAUAUAAGGUGGACUACCUCUUUGAAACCGUCUUUGAGAUGGUAGUGCCAAUAAUUGUACGGCAGAAGGCCGAGGGGCCGCAGCAAACUGUAGAUAUUACUGAUUACAAACCAGCAAAAAGGACAAAGUCUGGUUGCUGUGCCUGAGCGCCCUGUGUGGUGCACGAAAAGGGAGGGACUGUUCUCUGUAGCUAUCUGAAGAYGAAGAAGCGCUUAGAGUUCACCAGAGAAGUUAAAUAAAUGGACUGAAAUGGUAUAUGAAGAAAAAAACCAAAUCUGCUGAACAUUAAAGGUUUCUGGGAAACUCUAGGAAAAUGAGAAUGAGUGGAAAAUAUGGAACAAGAUUUGCCUGUUGCAAAGGGCUCUGAAGACACAGUGCGUGUUGGUACCAUUGGUAGUGACAAUCGUUUGAGCAGUCUUGCAGGAGUUGUCCUUUUAAUGACUUGCUGUGUAACGUUGCAUGUAAACUGUCUGCUUAUGUACCAUAUCCUGCUUUCACAUGACUAUCACCUUGUGAUCCUAACUUUGGAAAAUUGAAUACAUGG